AUGGACGAUGAGGGCGAGAACGAGUUUGUCAGCGAGCAGGUCAACGAGAUCGUCAAGAACGCGAUCACCAAGACUCUUGGAGGGUCACAGUACAGCAAGGAGCGAGUCACUUCCUGGACGAAUCAAAUUAUUGAUGAAUGCCUAAAGGAGCUUGCAAAGUUGAACAAGCCCUUCAAGUAUGCAGCUUGUUCGCACUUCCCACUGCUGCGGGCCU